ACACUGGCUUGACGUCGGUCUCUCACAAGCUAUCGCGAUACUUCUUGAGCUCUCGCCCAUGUUUGAUACGCUGGGAAACCCCGUAUCCUCUUCCUUUUUCAACAUGGCACCGAAGGCGAAGAAGGAAGCAGUCCCGGCCAAGACUGAGGCCAAGUCAAAGGCCCUGAAGGCCAAAAAGGCCGUUCUUAAAGGUGUCCACAGCCACAAGAAGAAGAAGAUAAGGACUUCUCCUACCUUUCGUCGCCCCAAAACCCUUCGUCUCCGCAGACAACCCAAGUAUCCUCGCAAGAGUGCCCCUCGCAGGAACAAGUUGGACCAUUAUGCCAUCAUCAAGUUCCCCUUGACAACAGAGUCUGCUAUGAAGAAAAUUGAAGACAACAACACUCUUGUGUUCAUUGUGGACGUCAAGGCCAAUAAACACCAGAUCAAACACGCUGUCAAGAAGCUGUAUGAUAUUGAUGUUGCUAAAGUCAACACACUCAUCAGACCUGAUGGUGAGAAGAAGGCAUACGUUCGUCUCGCUCCAGAUUACGAUGCUUUAGAUGUUGCAAACAAGAUUGGCAUCAUCUAAACCGUGUCUGAAGAGACUUGUGGAAUAAUAAAUAUUUGUAUAAACAAA